AUGCUCUACAAAAUAGUAAGGAUAAUCGGAAAAGGUGGCACAAGCACGGUGUACGAGGCAAAAUACGAGGGCAAGCCCAUCGCAAUAAAACGUAUACUCAAAGAGAACCAGGCACUAGCUGAAAAUGAGAUCUCUUUCCUGCAGUCUCUCUCACAUCCAUACAUAGUGAAGCUGCGCGACGUGAUACACCGCGAACACGAUACACUUCUUCUGUUUGAUCUGCACGAUUCCUCUUCUCUUCUGUUUAACGAACACUUGACCGAGAACACGGUCUUAAAGAUAGUUAGGAUGGUGCUACAGGCCCUGGAGUACAUGCACCGGUCGAACGUGAUGCACCGAGACAUCAAGCUUGAGAAUGUGCUGUUGACGAAGACUCAUAUAAAAAUAUGCGAUUUUGGACUGGCCGCAAGCAGAGAUGAGCACUACACCUACUGCGGGACCAGAAAGUACAUGGCACCGGAGAUGGGUGGGAAAUACGACGAGCUGAUAGAUGUGUACGGUGUCGGUCUGCUCAUGUACAAACUACUACGGGGUGUUACGAUGGAUAAAGAGAGGGUUAUCGAUAUUGAUGCUCUAAACAUAUCGUAUCUGGCGAGAGAUUUACUAAAACAGCUGCUGAGUGAAAAAGAGCAGCGACCUAGUGCGGACGGUGCUCUCAAACAUCCCGCAUUCAGCAUUUUCUAUCCACAGAUGUGCGAUUACUUCGUUCUACCUGAUUUUAAGAAGAAUGUGCGUAUCGGUGAGCUUGUAAAGGAAGGCAAGGCGAUAAAACUUGUAAAUUAUAAAAUAGUGGGCGAUAUCUUCUUCAAGAAUGAGCAGCCCAUCGGCAAGCAUCUCGUUUUGCAUGGUGAUCUGCGAAUUUUUAAUUACAUGCUCGUUAUAGCCGGAAUUUACCUGAAAAGAAUGCAGCACACACAUGCCAACGCGCCAAACGAUGGGCAUUUGUCCAUGUUUGAUAGAUCUGCCUUGACCAGCACACAUGCAUGGGCUGACACAUCGUAUGUCAUACCGCAGCUCAAAUAUUUCUACCACAACAACUGGUUGGUCUUCAAUACGAUGUCUUAUUCAGUGACACUUCUCCUCCAAGGCACUCGAAUUGAGUGCUGUGCCGAGGAAAUGUACGUCUAUCAAUCUAAAACGUGUGUUAAGUAUCUUUUUUCAUCAUUGCUGGAUGGAAGCGACCCGAUCAACACAAAACUGCUCAAAAUGCUUGAGGAAGUUCUUGCAAUUUUGGUAGAAAUGAGGAAAUCGUACCGAUGAGCGCUUGCACACAUCAGUCAAGCUUGGGCUGUCAAUUACGAGCUGUUCAGAAUGCUUGUGGUCCUACGCCUUAGAAACUGUUCAACAUCCUGGUAAAGGUAACCUAAAGCAACGUGAGAUAAAGUCGUAUUCGCAGAUAAACCAUGA